GACGACUGUUUGAUACAGAGCGCGCGUGUCUCCGAUGAUACCUUGAACAAACCCGCGACCGAGAGAGCACGAUGCCUCCUAAGCGUAAGGCUCGUGGUGGUCUUGCUAGCGAAGGCAACAGACCCUCCCCCCAUCGACCUGGAGAUACGGCGCUGGGCCAACGCGAUCGAGACUUUUCCGAGGGAGGAGGAAGAGGUGGUCGCGGAGGCAGGAACACUAGACGGAACGACCGUCGCGAUUCCGCCCAAGGACAACUAGCACACUCUGGCAGCCAGUCCGCGAGCGCCUCCCGCGUUACCUCUCCGACUGUCCCCCGCCCCCCGCCCACCCCGUCGCAAUCGCAACAUCCUGCCCCGAUGGCGAUGGAGCCAGUGGCGUCUGCGCCGACGUCCCAUGCGCCGUCCCCGGUACCCACAACCUAUUGUUAUGAACACAUCACCGACGACGCGGUCGCUUCCUGGACAAGCGGCAGCAAACAGGCCUUGAUCGACCAUGGAAUCAGCUCGAGGUUAGAUGUGGACACCGAGGAGCUGACCACUAUCUACCAAGAGUUCAUUCAUGCUGUUGUGGAGGGCCGAUUGUCACCCGCCGACGCUGGCGCCUGCAUGAAGGAGAUUCUCGGCACUGAAUCGCAAGAAAUGAUUAAGGACUCUUUCUCGUUCGAGCCGCACACCCUCUUUCUCGACACCUUGUCCAUAAUCUUUGACAACGAUCGAGAUCUCUUCAAGCCUCAACUUCGCGACUUCAUACAAGCGACUGGUGUCUCGCCAGAACUUGUUCGCCAAACCCUCGACGCUCAGCUACUCCAGGACCUUGGCCUCAUCAGGGAAACUUUUGUCAAGCUUGGGAUUAGACGCGCGACCAAUCUCUUGUACCGCCAAGCAAACUACAACCUGCUGCGUGAAGAAAGCGAAGGCUACUCUAAGUUGAUGACUGAGCUUUUCACAACGAGCAGUGCAGAGCCCCCCUCGGCCGAAACAGCCCACGCAGCAUUCGAACGUCUCAAGGGGCUUAUCGGAACCUUUGACCUCGACGUCGGAAGGGUGCUCGAUGUCACACUCGACGUCUUCGCUGCCGUCCUUAUCAAGCAAUUCCGCUUUUUCAUCAAGCUUCUCCGCGUCAGCUCUUGGUGGCCUCGCAGCCAAACCUCGGCUGCAUCCAUUUACGCUGGCGGCUUACCUCCUUGGGCUCUCCCCGAUCAUUCCCAUUGGAUGACCAGCGAAGAUGUCGAACUGGCGAACGCUGAACUGAGACGUCAACGAGAUGCUGAAUUCUGGGAUCGUGCGCGCGAAGUCCACAUUGAUGCUUUCUUCCAGCUCGGAGGAAGACAAGUCACGGACGAGCAUCUCAAGCUAUUGGAGGUUUCCGAGUCCGCAUCUGAGGCUGAAGUUAACGCCGCCUCUGCGUGGAUGAAGGUCACGAAAACCCUCCCCCCCCAGGGAAACCGAACCGCCGCCCAGCUUCUUGGCUUCAAGCUGCGAUUUUACGCCUCUGACGCCAGAGAUCCUGACGACGUCUUGCCGGCAAACCUCCUUUACCUCGUCGCUCUUCUUGUCAAGGUUGGCUUCAUGUCCUUAGUCGACAUUUACCCCCACCUUUGGCCUCUCGACGACGAGAUGGACACCAUGAGGGAAAAGAAGAUGAAGGAGCUCGAGGAAAAGGAAAAGCAAAGUCGACCCGGUGCCGCACAGAAUGCUCUCCUUAUGGCUGGUGCGUUGCCUGACGACACGGCGCCGCCACCCACAACGCGUACUCGAGACACUGCUGGAAAAACCGAUGCCGAUGCCAAAACUAACGUCGGAACGGACGAGAAGGACAAGCUACCGGAACCUAUGGAGCAAAAGGCUGCAUUACUCAACUGUCUGCUGACAAUCGGCGCCAUCCCCGAGUCCCUUUUCAUCCUAGGUCGUUUCCCCUGGCUUCCCGAGGCCUACCCUGAGAUCCUCGACCGGAUACACCGCAUCCUCAAUCACAGUAUUGAGAAGGUAUUCAAGGAAAGCCGACCCACCGCUGUUGGAAUGGCUGAAUGCCCCGCAAAGUCCAUCGCCGAUGUAGACCAAGCCGGUGUUGCCAAAGGCACUAUCAAGCUGGGAAUCAUACCGGUCAAGAAGUCCAUGAGAUGGCCAUUUCCUGAUGGGUAUGACAGCAGAGACCAGCAUUACAGAUUCUACUGGGAUGAAUGGGCCGACAACGUUCCAGUCUGCCAAACGGUCGACGACGUCUUCACCCUGUGUGACACGUUCCUGAACCUCUCUGGCGUAAACAUUGGCAAAGACCCUGCAUUGCUUGCCAAGCUCGUCAGUAUCGGAGCUAAAAGCCUGGCGGAGGAUCACUCUCAACAAAAUAUGGACCGGUGGCAGGAACUCUUGCGUCGCAUCCUAGUCCCUGCACUCAGCAUGACGACUGCCAACGCCGCCGUUGUCAACUCUGUCUGGGAUCUGCUCAAGCUCUAUCCCGUUGCCACUCGAUACUCCAUCUACGCCGAAUGGUUCGAGGGCCAAAUCUCCCGACUGCCGGCGAUGAAGGCUGCAUUCACCCGCACACGUGUCGAAACCAGAGGCGUGAUGAAGCGCAUCUCUCUCACGAAUCUCAGUGAAAUGGCCAAGUCCUUAGCCAAGACCAGUUACUCCUCGCCCGGCAUUGUCUUCAAGGAGGCGUUGGGCCAAAUCGAGUCUUACGCCAACCUUAUUGAGGCAUUCGUCGAGUGUGCCAAGUACUUCACCGACCUGGCAUACGACGUCCUCGUCUGGUCCCUGAUGAGCUCUUUGGGUGGCCAGCGAAGUCGCACACAAGAGUCCUCCAUCCUGCUGACCAGUAAAUGGCUUCAAGCGCUUUCCAAGUUUGCCGGCAAAGUCUUUAAGCGGUACUCCAUACUUGAUCCAACCCCGAUUCUCAAGUAUGUCAAUGAUCAGCUCUUCCAAGGCAAUUCGACCGACUUGAUCAUUCUCAAGGAGCUCGUGGCUUCCAUGGGUGGCGUGGUCCAAGUUCUUGACUUCACAGACGACCAGAUCUUGGCCAUGUCGGGAGGCGAAGUGUUGCGGCGCCAGACGCUUCUCAGUCUCCAAGACAAGCGGUUUGAGUCAACUCGCAGCGCGAAGCGCUUGAUGCAGUCACUUGUUGACUCGAACCUUGCCGGUCGCGUGCUCAUCAACGUUGCGCAGUAUCGACAGUCUGCCAUCUACAAACUCCCGGACGACGAGGCACACAUCAAAUAUAUUGGUUCCGUCAUCGACGACAGCCAUCAGAUCUUGGUUCAGUAUCUCGACCUUUUGCGGACCAACUUGGAGCCUCAUGAGUUCGACUCGCUGGUGCCCGCUAUCACCCGUCUAAUGGACGAGUUUGGCCUCGACGCAAGCUUGGCGUUCCUCAUUGGCCGAGAGGGUGUUGCUCACAACAUGUUCUCCAAGAGGCUCGACUCAUCGUCAAACAUCGCCGACUCAGACGGAGACGUUGCGAUGGUCCAGAGUGCCACCGAUGCGAAAGAGUCCACCGGCGAACCGAAUGAGACGGAGGACAAGACAAUGACGCCGGCGGAGAUGCGAGAAAAGGCAAAGCAAGACUCCCUUCGCCAAAUUCACGAGGCGCUUGAACCUAUUGUCGAAUCGAUGCGGUCCAUCUCUGCAUCGUCUUCCUGGAGCAAGCUCAGUCCCGAGUUUUAUGUUCUGUUUUGGGCGUUGCAGCUCGGCGACAUCGAGGUGCCCGCUGCAAGCUACAACAGCGCCCACAAGAGGCUGUCAAAUAUGCAAAGAGAUCUCAACAGAGAUCGUUCAGACAUGAGCCGCAGCGGCAUCAAUAAGAAGGAGGCCAAGAAAGCCGAACUCCUCAAGAUCAGCAACGAGCUACCUAAGGAGGCAGACUCGCAGAUGAAGCGAGCGCGAGUAGUGCGAGACUACAUGACAGAGCACAUGGCAACAUGGUUCCCAGGCUCGGCGAUUAAGUUAAACGGCAUUUCGGACGCCAUUCUCGAGCAAUGCUUGCUUCCGCGGCUCGUACUCUCGGCUAGUGACGCAGAGUACUGCUACGUGCUGAUCAAGAAGCUCCACACCUUUGGUGCACCCAACUUCCGGUUGAAGGCGUUGUAUGAUAGACUCUUCAACGUCAACCGGCUGCGGGCGAUCAUCUUCACCUGCACAGUCCGCGAGGCCGAGCACCUGGGCAGGUUUCUCAACUGCAUCCUCAAAGAUCUUGCCCGAUGGCAUCGCGACACGAACGUCUACGAGAGGGAGGCUGUCGGUAAGCGAAGCUUUCUUCUCGGGUUUGCCUCUGAGUUUGACGACAAGGGAAAGCCAUCAUCCUAUCAUGAUCAUGCGCAAUUCCGAGAUAUUCUCUACGGAUGGCACAACAAGCUCAACCUGGCGUUGAAGUCUUGCCUGGGUGGCAUGGAGUGGAUGCACAUUCGCAACGCCAUGACAGUGCUCAAGGCUGUUCUCGACUUCUUCCCGGCCGUGACGUUUAUGGGCAACCAGUUCAUCGAACAGCUCAAGACAAUCACCGAGCGAGAAGCAGCAUCGAAGACUGCAUCCGCUGGAGGAGAGGGCCACCGUGUGGACCUUUCCGUGGCUGCCCAAGGCGCUCUGUCUGAGUUGCAAAGGAGGAAGGCAAAAUGGGUAUUGCCAGCCGGAUUCCGGCCGAACAUGAACGGUCAAGCUCAAGGGAAGGCCAAGGAUGGCGAGCCCAGCGGCGCAACAAAUCUUCGCCCAACUGCGGUCGAGUUCAAGCCAGGAACAUCCAAGACCGCAACAGAACACGAAGACGGAGAAGUCAAGGACGGUAGAGAUGCCGAGGCUCGGCCGGCAGCCCCGUCCGCGCCGGGCACGCUCACGCAAAAAGAUCCCAACUUGCCUCCAAAGCCGUCGGCCUCACCGAUAGAACCUGUCAAGGCCGGGCAUACACGCGCUGACUUCGGCCCCAAUGCCUCCAGCAAGCCCUCGACGCCUAAGCCGGCGGCUGCCGCCCCGGCACAGAGCAAUAUGAACCACCGGGAUGUGCCCAAGUCGACUCCCACGCCCACAGGCCCGGACAGAAGCGCGCACAGUCUUCCUAAGCGACCGGACGUUCCUAUCCCUGGUCAUUACGGACGUAACCACUUCACGCCAGACGCCGCCCUACCGGAGCGACGAGACCAAAGAGAAUCGCGAGAGCCACGCGGUCCCAGAGACACAAGGGAGCCUAGGGAUUCCAGAGAACACCGGGACCCCCGAGAUUCCUCGAGAGAUCCCAGAUUCCCUGAAGCUGCUAGACCUGAACGCAGUCGUGACUUCCCCAACCCAGACCGGCGUGGACCAGAGAUUCCAUCGAGGGAAACCGGCCGCUUGUCCGAAAAAGAUUGGCCUGCCAGGCAAGACCCGCAGCUUCCCCGUCGCGACCAUGGAGCUCAUGAGCGUGACAGCCGCCCGCCUCGGGAUAAGACAGCGCCGGUGAACGGCCGAACUGCCGAGGCUGGCAGGCUCUCGCGAGAACCCGUAAAUGCCACGCCGCCACCGCAGUCAACCCAGCAGCCGGCCGAGGACCCCCCGGUAAACCCUGCCAGGCUGGCCCUUAUCCAAGGAGAGCCAGACCGAUCUAGCCGCUCGGAGCGACCACCUCGAUCCUCAGAAGCAGACCGACGCAGUGGGCGGGCCUCACGCGGUCAGGAGCCACGUGGCCCAGAUCAAGAGCGUGCCGACAUCAUCAACCCCGAGCGUGCUGCUUUGAUGGGCGACUCACGGUCAGAUCCGUUAGCACGUCCGGCGCGGGAAGAACACAGGGACCGAGGCGCCCCGCGAACUCAUUCGCCCAGAAGAAGCGGACGGUUCAACCCAGACGCAACGGCUGAUGCUGGCAGAGAUGAUAGACAUGGCCGUACUCAUCACUCUGAGCAUCGUCCCUCUGGCAGAGAUACACACGUCGUCGAGCCUCCCGCUUCCAACCCGCGAGCGGAUCGCAUUACGGAGAGGGAAGGUGAACGCUUCGGCCCAGAUAAAAACAGAGAGGCUUUCCUCGGUUCCAGCCGAAACUCGGACCCCGACCACAGCCGGACCACUCAGCAGGAUCAGAAUUACGGACGAUUGAACCCUAUUCAGUCAGUUGUCACAAAUGACGUUCCUCUGGGGCCUCGUGGUCGCGGCCGAGGGGCAGCCCGAGGUAGCCACAUGGGCACACCUAACUCACGACCCGACCCAUGGUUCCCCCCGAACACCGACAGCCCGACGCCCGAAGAGAGACACCCACCUACGGGCCCGGCUUCUGGUAGAGGACGUCGAAGCCAGUACGACCCAAGCGCAUCCGUCAACUCGCCGUCUACGAUGACGCCGACGCCAGCCGCUCACCCUGACCGUACACGUACCAUGAACCCGGGUCCGACGAACUCACCCACGCCAUCUUCUGGAGGCCCCACACUGGCCCCUGGGAUCCAUCCUGAUCGACUGGCACAAAUCGCACCGCCGCCGCCGCCUCCACCUCCAGGCCAACCACCAAGCCACUCUCGACCAUCGCUGCCACCUAUCAACACGCCUGACCGUGCCACCAUAAUCCAAGGUGGUAACAGUCGUACACCAACAGGGAGCUAUCCAGGUUCAACAGAAGGUGCGCCUUCUGGGCCAUCCUCAAACGACCGAGGGCGCAGCGGCGGCAGUCGCAGGCAGCUUGCUGGUAUUAACAGCACGUUGCAACAAGCACAAGCCAACAUGCCAGAGAGCAACAGGGGCACCAGCAUUCGCGGGCGUGGAGCUCCGAGAGGUAGUAUCGCUGGCUCUGAUGCUCAAGUCCUCACGGGCGCAUCGCCGGUAUCUACGCCGACCCAGGAGCGUCCAGACCCGGUCCGCCAGGACAGAGGACAGGCCAACGGGGAUGACCAUCCGCGAAGUGAGCACGACCGCAGCCGACGCGAACACCGUUCGGAGCGCGGCAGACAUUCGAGGCGAGGCAGCCGCGAGCGAGAGCGCAGCCCCGAUCGCGAGAGAGAAGCCAAGGAACCGCGUGAACACAGGGACCGAAGGUCGGGGGCCCAAAGCCAGUCCAGCACCCGCGAGGAACGUGAGCCCCGGCGCUCUGGCCGAGAGCCCUCUAGCAGCACCAGAGACUCUCAUGCCAACGCCCCUCACGUAAGCAGCCGUGAGCAGCGUCAUCGCAGCGACCGCGGAGAAGGGGGACGCGGAGAGGGGGGUCCAGGUGGAAGGGGCGAAGACUGGGGCGCAAACGUGCGUGGCGCAUCUAGAACUGGUCCGCGUGACGGAGGAUUGAGGCCGACCGACGACCGACGGGAGCUGCGCGAUGAGCGUGGCCGAAAGCGGAGGAGCGAAGACGCAGUUGGACUAUCGAACGAACGCGAGAAGAGGCAAAGACGUUAGUAU